AUGGCUCAAAGCAAGAUGAAAGAGAACGUGGUUGAGGUUCUGGAGGGCUAUGGAAGCCUCUACCUCGUAGAUCCAUCAAAAACCAGCUUUGAACAUUUCAACGAAGUACCCAACUACAUUGGACAGGCUACCCCUUACUUUAUCAGUACAAUCCUAUUCGAAUCCCUAGUCCAAACCGUGCUAUACUACCACGAACAAGCCGAAGAACGCGCAACUGGCAAACCUGGAACACUAGCUGCCGGCAAACCACUCAAACUGCCUCGCCUCAAUGACUCGGUCACAAGCAUGUCAGCCGGUCUCUUUAUGGGGAUAUCCAAAAUCGUUUUGAGCUCGAUUGAAGCAAAGACAUAUAUCUGGACUUUUAACAAUUGUCGGAUAUUCACGAUGGAUGCUAAAUCGAAAUGGACUUGGGCGUUUGCAUUCCUUGGAAUGGAUUUUGGGUAUUAUUGGUUUCAUCGACAUGCCCAUGAGAUUGCGUUGUUUUGGACUGGGCAUCAGGUGCAUCAUAGCUCCGAGGAGUAUAAUCAGACGACGGCGCUGAGGCAGAGUUUUCUGCAGCAGUAUUCGAGCUGGAUGUUUUACCUUCCACUGGCUGUAUUAGGUCUUCCACCAGCAAUGUUCUCUGUGCAUAAGCAAUUGAAUACGCUAUUUCAAUAUUGGAUCCACACAGAGCUGGUCGGCAAGCUGGGCUGGCUAGAAUACGUAAUCAAUACACCGUCUCAGCAUCGUGUUCACCACGGAAGGAAUCCAUACUGCAUAGACAAAAACUAUGCCGGAACGCUCUGCAUAUGGGAUCGCAUAUUCGGUACCUACGCCGAAGAGAAAGAAACAGAACCAGUGCUAUACGGACUCGUCCACAACAACCAGACAUUCGACCCCUUUUACAUCCAACUCGACAGCCUGCACCAGCUGCUAAAGAAAUGGUGGAAUACACCUGGUGGCGCAAGAGUCAGUACGCGUGUCCUGUUUUAUGGACCUGGUUGGGAUGUGACCAAGCCACAUUUCAGAUUUGGAGACCCGAGUGACUUACCUGCUGUGCCGAAUCUGGCAAAGGAUCCGAAAGCGGAUAUUGGACAGUAUAAUCCAAAGAUGAGGUUUGGGUAUUCGAUGCAGAUGUAUACGCUGGUGCAGUUUGCGCUGGCUAUUGUUGCACAACCAAAAAUCGUCGAGCACAUGGACUCACUGCCAUCAUGGGCUCCAACAAUGGGAGCUUCGUACCUCCUCUUGUGUCUCACAUCCAUAGGACGGUUAUUUGAUAACUGGAAGUACGCUUAUCAUUUAGAGAUAUUCAAAUUGGUGGUUGGUUGUGGUCUUGCUCGGUAUUUGGUGGCGAAAGGUGGACAGCAGUAUGAUAAGCUGAGGAAGAUUGUUGAUAGUGUUGCUAUUGUUUCUUCAGUGUAUGUUUUGACGCAUGGGUAUUUGGCUGCUCGGCAAAGUAAGAGGGAGGUGGAGGAUAGAAAGAGCCACUAA